ACUGCCUCGAGACUCCAGAUGUGAAUUGGGCGGAAACUUUUUCAAAACUCCACAACAGACUCUCGAGCGGACUCUGCUACGGUGAUUUUUUAGGAAAACUGCACAUAAACCUUUUCAGGAUUUCUUGCCAUUAUAUAAUCAAGAUUAUAACGGAUAUAUUUACGAUCAGUAUAAACUAGAAGAAAAUGCUAAGCGAAAUCGAGACAGCUGGGGCUUCGGACGCUUCUGCUACGGCAGAGGGGAACCCCGGGCCGAGCGACUUACUGGAAAUUACUUUCCAGAAGAACCCCAAUCAAAAUAAAAAAUUCCUAGAAGCAGAGCCCAAGAUUUUAGGGGUUACACAGAUAAUGCUGACCGUCCUCUACAUUACUUCCAAAAUGGCUUAUUUUUCACACUGGAUAGAAACAAGUGUCGAUAUAGGUUGCUCCUGUGUUGGCAUAAUAGCUGGUAGUCUGGCAAUAGCGGCACAGAACCUCCACCUACCAACACUCAAGGCUUGUUUGGGAAUGCAGAUAGUCACGUGCCUGACAUAUGGGUUCAUUCUCAUCCUCUCAUUUGUGUUUCUUUCAAACCCUGCAACAACAGCCUGCUGGUACUACUUUGAGGAGAACUAUAAACUACCAUCAUGUAAAUCUGCAUUGAUUGGAUUUAUUCAAAUAGAGUUAAUAGAUAAUCUCACGGAAGCGGUUCAGAUUGCCCUCUCUAUUACACUAGCUGCAUAUUGCUGCAAGGUUAUUCAGUGCUGCUCGCCCAGGUCUCAUGAGCCUGUCAUCGUUAUAAAGCCCAGAGCUUCAGAUUGAAAGGAAGUAUAUAUCUACAAAGAGUGUUUAUGUGAACGACAUUAUGAUUUUCUGUCCCUAACAAUAGUAAUGAACUGAUCAUUGUCAGGACUCCAUCACUGGCACCAUCAUCUUCAUCAUUGACUCCUCCCACUUGUUCACGCUCACCUGAGUAUUGAUCCUCCUCACCUGUGCACCAUCAUCUUACUCCCUUUUUAACCUGCACCCUCCCAUUCAUUAUCUGUCUGAUCUCAUCUAUGUUGGACUCUCAGACUCACCCGUGUUACCAAAUUAAGGACUUACGUGUGAUCUUCACCUGUCAUUGUCUUCCUCCUAUUGUCCCCUCCUAGGAUCUUCAUCCGCCAUUCACAAAGAGAGACUAAGUUAUUAUAAAGCUAAGUGCAUAUCAGAAGAACUAUUACCGUUCACUCACCAUUGCUCAUCUGCUUCCUGUUCAACUGUGUGACAGUCAUAUUGUUAUUACAGCUAUAGACACAUACUAAUAACAUAUUUAAAACAUUUUACGACAGUAUUCCGAAAUAGCAUGUAAAAGUUUGUCUUGAUGUGUAGAGCAUUUUUGAAAUGUCAUCAGAAAUGCGCACUAUGAUUUAAUAUCUAAAGUUGUUUUUUUAGAGAACUAUUAAAUCUUUUGAAAAUGAUCUUUAACAGAUUAUACUAUAAUAAACGGACAAUAAAUGGACAGUGUGAAUACUCAAA